CCUCAAAAUAGCAAUGCGUUUCAACAACGAUACGCGGUUGGCGAGCAGACAUAGUAACGUUAUCAUUUAGAAAGCGGUGUUUGUGCAGUUCUAUUCAAAGAGACUGUUGCUUGACUUUCCAGAUGCUCCGAAGAUAGAAGCCAAUCAGCCUCAUGAAGGAGGAGCUAUCCUUCACGUUUGCGGAGUAUAAAAACGGACGAUGGCAAAGAGCCCCCCCGAGGAUUCCGGGAUCAUCUGCAUUAUUCACGCUUAAUUCUCCAUUGGGAUCCCGCUCGUUGCUUUCCUAGGUCUGCAUUCAUGUUCCGACAUAAAAACCGGUUGGCAGACAUCGACUCUCAUAUUGCAUCCAUUAACGAUACCGAGUGCUCCAAAACUGUUGUAUCACCUCCACCUCGACCAAGUCGACCAAUGCAAAAGCUCAACCAUGACAUCCUUUAUCAUUUCUUUGCGCAAUUCUCGACAACGAGCAGAUACUCCAGCCCGUUUGAGCUUGACCAGCGAGACCUUCUUUGUUGUGCCCAAGUUUGUCGCAGUUGGGCCGAUGUCGCCAUACCUCAGCUGUGGAAGUCCCUUCACCUUGUGGUCGCGAAUGGGUACGGUGUGAGUGCGGCGGAUUUGGUCCGUUUGAUUGGAAAGCUGGAGCAACAUGGGGCCGUUAGAGCAAAUUAUGUUCGACAAAUUGGAGUUUCUGUUUGCUAUGAAGGUGCUGGGUGGGGUGCUGAUUGGGGAGAUGAGAAUGUGGUUUGGGAAGAGUUUAUUCAGAGGGUUAGUGUUCUUACUGAGGUACUGGAGAAGAUGAAACGGGUCGAGAAGAUUGAUCUUUGUUUUAAGAUUCGACCUGGCCGCCUCUCGGACGAGCAACAGAUCACCACGCAUGCUCUACUAAACUCGCUUCUCAAGACUCUGACCAAACCUCCGCGCAUGCGCCUUCAACUGACCCUCGAUACUCCCACCUCCCUCCUCCUCUCCAGUGGGCUGAAUAAACUCGGCUCUCAGCUAGAAUACUUGACGAUCCAGGGUGGUUGGUCAUCUGAAGAGGACCUGGUCGAGCUUCUAGAAGCAGUCGACCCGUUGAAGGGUCUCACGAUGGAACGAUGCGGGAUGGGAGAGGGAGUUUGUAGAGUUCUUGAGGAAAAACAUGCGCCAACAUUGGAGAUUUUCGAUCUUCAGUCGGCGCCUCGUCACGGUGAAGAGGCCAGGAUGAUUGGCCAGGUGAUUGAGAACUGUUCCUCUCUCAACCAUUUUCGGUGGACAAGAAGUUCUUCCUGUGACGGCGAUAUGUUCUACUUCAACAGACUAGACCCAAUUACCCAAUACCCCUCCAAUCUUACCACUCUUGACAUUGGCGGCAUGUCCGUCGAUGACGGUUUUUGGAAUCGCUUGGUUGUGACCUGUCCCCGCUUGAUCAGCAUUGGUUGCCGGUCUACAACUAUCAGCGAUGUGGGUGUACGGACCUUGGUUAAAACAUACAGCACAAAGUUGAAGAAACUUGACCUAUCCUGCUGCCAGUUCUUAUCCCACAAAGUACUCCCUUGCAUUGCUCAUCACGCACGAAACGUAGAAGUGCUCGAAUUCCGUAACACCAAGGACAUUCUAAUGACACCUCGCAUCGUUACCUCCCUUGCACCCCUUCUCGAAAACUGCCUCCGCCUUACGACACUCACACUAGGUGCUGCACUACAUUACCAUGACACAAAAACCAUCCCACAUAAAAAUAUCCGCGCGCUAUUGUUUGCCAACGCAGUUUUGAAUCGUGAUCAGGAUUCACGGAACCGGGAUCCAUGGGUUCUCAUAAAAUAUGAGGUCUUCAUGAAUGUGCGGGGAUUGAGAGACCUUUAUCGGAGUGCCAUAACGGGAGACGGACGAUGGGACCGGUUUAGGGGCGUGGUAGCAUAUGAGAGUCUAGCGGAGGUGGUCCGCAAGUCAAAAGAGGUGAAAGCGGGUCCGAGUUCCAAAAGAAAAGUGACCAGAGGAGUGGAAAUAAGCAAUCUCUUCCGCAGCUCCAUGGCUGUGUCGGUCGGAUUUAGAUAGUUAUCUAACGUUAUUGAUCUUGUAGUUGUGAAUCCCCUUGGUAUAAUCUAGAUGUACCCGCUAUGACAAAUAUGCACACAUCCUAGUCAUCAGGAAUGAAC